AUGCCCACUAAAGGUGUGUUGUUUAUUCUACUCUCAGCUCUGAUUCUCGAUGUCCAUGCCGGUUCGCUCACUAAUCAAUCCAUUUUCUUCGACUCUACCAAAUUCGAAACCGACUUUUCUACAAUCUAUCUCUACAAUGCCCUGUCCAUCGCGCUUUCUCUCAUCAGUAUUGGUUGUUCAAUUGCUGCCAUUGUUACCUUGUGGAAGAACAGGAAGAACAAACAGGACAACAAGAAUUAUAAUAUUGGCCCCGCUGCUUCAGAAUCCAGCUUACUCUUUGUCUAA